UGCUAUCUAAAAUAUAGGGGGUGACCUGCAAUUUUUACAAUUCUUUUAAACAUUCAAAUUCACAAUUUAAAACCUCUAUUUAAACGUAAUCUUUUUCCCCCAACCGGCCCCUCUCUCGCUUCGUAAUUGAUACCAAAGUACUUGAUUGUUUCGUUCCGAAAUCAAAUCAUUACGGAUGGGUCGCGGAGUGAGUGCUGGGGGAGGUCAGAGUUCCUUGGGCUACCUGUUUGGAAGUGGAGAGCCUGCUAACAAUUCUCAGACUACUCGCAACCAGGAAAAGGCUCCAACUAAUGAGCCUGCCCCAAAGCCAGCUGCUGUUUCACAACCUGUGGAUAACACAAAGAAUGUCCCAGCAGGCAUUCACAGUAGCCACACAAACAACUAUUUCCGUGCUGAUGGCCAGAACUGCGGAAACUUUCUAACAGAAAGGCGUUCGACCAAGGUACAAGCAGCACCUGGUGGUGGAUCUUCCCUGGGGUAUUUAUUUGGUGACGGCAGCAGCAAGUGAUGUCACUCGACAUCAAGUUUCAAUUUUUUGUUUCCCCAGUUAUGUUCCAAGUAUGAAUCGAUUUCAUUUACU